AUGUACCGUCAAUCAAGACGCGUUACCGCUCGCGCUCUCGCCGUGUUUCUGUGUUUUCACGCUAUCGCUCUUCCCGUCUGCGCGUUUCAGCUUUUCCCAAUAAAGCAUCACCGCGAGCCGGCAAAGGAGGACAACGCUAGUCCGAAGAAUGAGAUAUCUCGCGCCCUGAACGCCGUACAAGAUCUCGUGAGAAAUUUCGACGUGUGUGCACCGAGCGUGGGCGAUGAUGGCGCUAUCGUGGUGGACGACUCCGAGCACCGCUGGCCGCUCGCGCAAAUGUUGUUCUCGUCUCUCGUAGAUUCGCGUUCCGCCGUUGACGUCACAGAGACGGCCGACACGAUCACUUUCGCAGCGGAUGUUCCUGGCAUCGAUCUUGCUGAUCUUACAGUCGAUGUGAUCGGAAACGUGCUCACGAUUCGAGGCGAGCGAGUGGAUGAGGGUCCUUGCGAUUCAGAAGCGUCGUCGUGCGAGAUCGAUUCCGCCCGCCAUAAGCGUGAACGUCACUUUGGAAAGUUCGUCAACAAAUUCAUCUUGCCUCCGAACGCAGUCAUCGACCAGAUCUCCGCCUUCGUCAAAAAGGGAGUAUUGAAAGUGCUCGUCCCAAAGGCGAGUGCGCCCGAGCCGGUUCACGUGCCAGUCGUGGCGGUUUCGUAG